CUACAGUCAGAAAGCUUGGGAGGUGUAGUGGAAGAACGGCAAGGGAGUCGGAGUAAACGAGAAGACUUUUACUCAGAUUAUUGAAGGACAUAGCAGUCAAAAUAAAUCUCCGAAAGCUUCCACGAUAAUGAUCGGGAAUCACUUUUGAAACCUUAGUCCAGGUAACUCGUGAGAAAGGCGGUUCCCGGUUUCCACACUUCCUGCUGCGGUUUGAGUGAAGGAAGGUUGGGGAUCAGAGCGCCGUCUCUCCCUGUCGGACUCCGCGGACAGACCACCCCUGCAGGCCACCAUGACUGAUGUGGUAAUCGUGAAGGAGGGAUGGCUGCACAAGAGAGGAGAGUACAUCAAGACCUGGAGGCCGAGGUAUUUCUUGCUGAAGAGCGACGGAACAUUCAUCGGGUAUAAGGAGCGACCACAGGAUGUAGACCAGCUGGAAACGCCAUUAAAUAACUUCUCAGUAGCACAGUGCCAGCUGAUGAAGACAGAGCGGCCCAAGCCCAACACAUUCAUCAUCCGCUGCCUGCAGUGGACCACUGUCAUCGAGCGCACCUUCCACGUAGAGACCCCUGAGGAGAGGGAAGAAUGGACGAAAGCCAUCCAAACGGUGGCGGACAGCCUCCAGAAGCAGGAGGAGGAGAUGAUGGACUCCUCGCCCGACCCCAUGGACAUGGAGGUGUACCUGACCAAACCCAGGCUCAAAGUGACUAUGCACGAUUUUGAAUACCUGAAACUCCUCGGAAAAGGCACUUUUGGCAAAGUCAUCCUUGUGAAGGAGAAGGCCACAGGUCGAUACUAUGCCAUGAAAAUUUUGAAAAAGGAAGUAAUCGUAGCUAAAGAUGAAGUAGCGCACACACUCACGGAAAAUCGAGUGCUACAGAAUUCCAAGCACCCUUUCUUGACGGGAUUGAAAUACUCUUUCCAGACCCACGACCGGCUGUGUUUUGUCAUGGAGUACGCAAACGGUGGAGAGCUCUUUUUCCAUCUGUCGCGAGACCGCGUCUUCUCGGAGGAACGGGCUCGCUUCUACGGGGCUGAGAUCGUCUCGGCGUUGGACUACCUGCACUCCGAGAGGAACGUGGUCUACAGGGACCUAAAGCUGGAGAACCUCAUGCUGGACAAGGAUGGGCACAUUAAAAUCACCGACUUCGGCCUGUGCAAGGAGGGCAUCAAAGACGGGGCCACCAUGAAGACCUUCUGCGGAACCCCGGAGUAUCUGGCCCCGGAGGUGCUGGAGGACAAUGACUAUGGGCAGUCGGUGGACUGGUGGGGCCUGGGCGUGGUCAUGUACGAGAUGAUGUGCGGCCGGCUGCCCUUCUACAACCAGGACCACGAGAAGCUGUUCGAGCUGAUCCUCAUGGAGGACAUCCGCUUCCCCCGCACGCUGGCUCCCGAGGGCAAGUCUUUGCUCUCCGGUCUGCUGAAGAAGGACCCCCGACAGCGGUUAGGCGGCGGGCCGGACGAUGCCAAGGAGAUCAUGCAGCACAAGUUCUUCGCUGGGAUCGUGUGGCAGGAUGUUUAUGAGAAGAAGCUGAUCCCACCCUUCAAGCCUCAAGUCACCUCGGAGACGGACACGCGGUAUUUCGAUGAAGAGUUCACAGCACAGACCAUCACCAUCACGCCACCAGGACAAGAUGAGAACAUGGAGUCAUUUGACAGUGAAAGGAGACCCCACUUCCCCCAGUUUUCCUACUCUGCCAGUGGAACAGCAUAAGGGCCCCUCUGCACUCCCCCAUCCCCACCCCCACCCCCACCAGACUGCAUUCUUAAAGACAGUGGCAUCUCUCUCCCCUUGCCCCCCCCCCCCCCCAAAAGUGUUUGGAAUUGGAUUGUCCUGCAGACACUUUUGAUUUGCAGUUAUUUGUAGAUCAUGAUGCUCCAUCCGACAGAAGCGAUGGGUCUCUGUGGCCUUUGAAGACCGUGAUUUUGUAAUGUUUACGAGAAGUAACACUACAGUAGUUUUCUGCAUCCACAUUCCCAUUCAGAUGGGCCCUAUUGCUAAACGAAAGUACAGCCAACGGAAGACCGCAGUAUAGAUACAGAACAGCUGAGAGAGAUGGUCCAAGUUUUCUUUCUUUUUUGUAUCAAGCCCCCCCAUUUCUGUCACUCCCUGCACUUUUCUCUUGAUAAAAAAAAUGGGAACACGCAUUAGGAUUAUGAAAUUCCACUUUUUAUUCUUGUUCUUUUGCUGUUGUAUUUUUAAGAUUUUUACAAAGGGGCAGCUGUGUGUUAAGGCUGCUUUUUGACAUGGGGGUAACGGAUUUUCUAAUUUAAUGAAGGUUGCAACACCGUUUUUGUUGCAAAGUUGAGGAGCCCCUUUUGAUAUGGCCAAAAUGUAGUUCAUCAAUGAAAGUUAGCUUUAAGCACAUCCAAAUGUUUCAUAAUCUGGUGAUGUCUAUAAAAUCAAUGUAUUAUGAGAUAUUUAAGAAAAUUUAUCUCACAGAUUUUCUGUUUAAGAUGCGGUUCGAACAUCAAAAUAUUCCCAACACACCUCAAAUUGGCAGGCAACACUGUCAUGUCCUACUCAAAAGGGUCAGAGUACACAUCAGAGGGAUUGGACCAGUAUCAGUAUACAUAGGGCACCUUGAUUUCCCGUAAGUGUCUGGAUUGAGUAAUUUAACUGAUUGGAACUGGAAAGAUGAGACAAAUGUCAACUUUGGGAACGUAUGUGUAUGUGUACUGUAUACUGCAUAUAUACACUCAAGUACACACUCUCAUACAUUCUGUUACGCUACAUUUGACAUAAUGCGAAAGGCAUACAGUGCACAGUUGCUGACGGAUCCACAAGCUUUAAAAUGCCACGUUUGCAGUGUGAGGCCCACCUUCUCCUCCUGGGGCCCGCGGCUGAAUGCCCCACAGGCUGCCCGUCCGGGUGGCAGGCAGAGUGAGUCGAGCCAUUGGGCCAAGCGCCACAUCUGAAUGUUCUGCUCUACCUACAGAUAUUCCAGAGUUCCCUGUGAGCUGGCCGUCUAAGUGCCCGUCUUUUUGCCCUGCGUUGGGUCUCCUCCUUCCCAAUGCAUUCAGCACAGCCUCAGUGAGGCCACUGAAAACACUCUUUGUAGAAUGCAGUUGUGGAACUGCAUUCUGGUGUCAAGCGAAUGUACUGUGGAGUGGAGUGAGGCUUGAUUUCCUUUAGAGGACCGUCUAAUCUAACCAUGUUCAUUUUCACAGUGUAUAUACACCAGCAAAUUUAAUGGGCACAAGUGUGCUUGUGGAAUACCUUUUCUAACUCCACAGCAGCUGAGCCUUAGUGCGUUUCAUUGUACUUGUUCCACAUUGGUGUGGAAAUUGAAAACGGCACAAUCAGCCUUUCUUUUGAAAUGCUAAUAUAAAUUAGAUGUAAAUAUCGACAAAAAAUGUUUUAAGCAAAACAAAAUGAAGUAGUUUUGUUGCAAUGACUGAAUUGAAAUUGAAUUGGCCUUAUAUGUCACAUUCUUCUGAAUUGGUUGGUCGAGUAUCCACUCGAAUUAAAAAAGAUAAUGUUUUUCCUCUUUAAAUUAUUGUUGUCAGUGUUUCCAACUUUGACUGAUAAUCACUCAGUGCUUAACUCAUUCAGCAUGCAUAAAUGAAUGUAAAGGUUUGUUUUUAUUUUCUUGUGACAGCCCACAUUUCAUCUUUCUCUUUUGCAUGUUUUGUGUAUGCACAUGUCUCAAAACAUAAAUACUUCUCUUGAACUUCUGCUUUUCCUGUUGUUCAAAAUAUAGAUCUGAUAGUUGCUUAUUCAUAUAGUCACUCUCCUUUGGCUGUCACCUCAGAAAAUUGUUGGGAUAAGAAAUGCGUUUGAAAAAUUUAUUUGAAACUCAUUUAAUUCUCUCAGCCCCCAACCCCCUCCCCAAACACACAUGCAUGCACACACACACAGUCUUUUAUAACAGCUGGCAGGCUGAAUUAUAAAAGCACCAGCUUUAGUGAACAAACCAACAAUAUGAACUUUUUGGGUUUUUUUACACACAGUUCAACUGUUUUUACUUUAGCAUUUUUAUUUUCUUUUAAAUUGCUGAAAUAAAGAAUUUUAACUAAAA